UGGGCUCUCAGUUAGUCUACACUCAGUCCUUGGCCUAACAAAACAUAUUCUCGGCUUUUUUUCGGCAUUGUGAAACAAAAUUUGGUUAAAAAGUUCAAAAUGUUGCGAGUGUUGCGUCAGAAGUGUCGUUCGCUCGUGGAUCGCAGUCUGCCGUGCCUGGAGUCCUUGGUGAAUGCCUGUGCCGCGCUUAAGUUCGAUUGGUCCAACGAUCAGAAGAGUCUGAUCCCAAUCCAAAGCUCUGGCGUCGCCACCUCCAGUGUGCUCCGCCAGCACCUGGUGCGCCGCAACUACAGCAGCCAGCAGUCGUCGGCGGACGACGAUUGCGGGGCGCCCAAGAAGUGCGAUACGGAGAAGGCGGCGGGCUCCAAGACCUGUGGUCCUGCCCACUUCAAGGGCACCAUCUGCGAUGCGGCCAAGGGCGGCAAGCGCAAGAAGAAGGAGGCCAAGAAGGAGAAGAGCAACAAGCCCAAGAUCCCGUCCAGGCUCAAGUCCAUGUGGUACAUACCCGGCUGCGAGUACGAGCCCAAGUGCGAUGUGAACGUGCGCUACGACAUCCGGCACUACCGCAUCUCGGACAAGGAGGCCCGCCAGUACCAGGUGACCUGGAACGAGUGUCCCCGGCUGGUGAUCAAGCCCAAGAAGGUCUGCAUCCACGCCAAGCAUCCCCGCCCGAAGCCCUGCCGUCGCCAGCGAAAGGCGCCGGCGGCCACCGCCCGUCCCUCGAUGCCCAUGCUGAAUCCCAUGGAGUGCCGCAAACCGGAGGACGACUCGCCCUGUCCGCGCUGGACCCUCCCCUGUUGCAAGCCCGGCCGCAUCCCGCCCAGCUGCCAUCGCGUGCGGCGACCCACCGACUGCAAGAAGCGCCCGGCCCCGUAUCCCAGCUUCUCGGAGUGCAAGCGCGAUGAGCUGACCAAGGGGGCGCCCAUCGAGUGCCUGUGCCUGCAGGUGCCCAUGGCCUGCGAGAUGUGGGCGGAGCUGAGGCGAAGGAUCGCCCGGGGCAAGGGGGCGGUCCUUAAGUGCGGCGAGCUGUAGGUGCUGCUAUAGGCGGCGUAGAGCGUCCAGUCGUACGACAUCUGGCCACAUUCCGGCCGUUAUUCCAACCUAGCUAACUCACAUCCAAAUUCCGGUUUUCUAAAAUAGCCAAGCCAUUCACCAUUUCCUUUCCUUUUCGAUCCACACACUUCCGAAAUUCAAAAUGCUGUCGAAACGCUGUGGGAAUUUUCUGGCCAAUAGCCUAAAGCCACUAACCACCCGAUUUGCUAGUUGCGGUGGCGAUACCUCGGACAAGUCCAAGUGCAAGUCUAAUUCGAAGGAUAAAGGCAAGCCGGAACCCACUUGCAAGCGAUCCGCGAAGAAGAAAAACUGCUGCAAGGUCCGAACUCCCUUUCCCUGCUACUCCGAGUGCAAGCGAAAGCCAACUGAUCCAAAGCCUUCUAAGGAGUGCGAUUGCUGGGACUUCGACAAGUGCUGACUGUUUGAUAAAACCGGCGGAUGGCGGCCCUUCCCCACUUUCACACCACAGACUGAAGACUCGAUACACACACAAGACCGUUGGUGGCACUGGGAGCCUAGGUGUAUUGUCCAUGUCGAACCCUUAGCAUUUAUCUGGGCACCUAUUUUGAAGCUUAAUCCAACUAACCGACGUUGAAGAAUUACAAAAAUACCUUAUGUUUUAA